AUGCUUCUCUCCCCCGGCGCGACACAAAUCACGUCGCACAAGCAGUACAUUACCGAUGGCAUGGACGCCUCCGAGCUCGAGUCUGCGCCGAUGGCGAUGUUCUCCAAGUGGUUCCGCCAGGCGACCGACGCCGGCGUGCCCGAGCCGGAGGCCAUGACGCUGACGACCGUCUCGCUCCCCAACGCCUCGGCGCCUGCGUCGGAGAACCCGGCGGUAGACAAGGGCGGCUGGAAGGUGGAUGCGCCGCGGCCGAGCGCGCGCAUGGUCCUGCUGAAGCGCGCCGACGACAACGGCUUCCAGUUCUUUACCAACUACGAGUCCCGCAAAGGCAACGAGCUCGAGGCCAACCCCUGGUGCUCGCUCACGUUCUACUGGCCGAAGCUCUGCCGCUCGGUGCGCGUCUGCGGCCGUGCCGAGCGCCUCUCGCGCGAAGAGUCGCAGGCGUACUACGACUCGCGGCCGAUCGGCAGCAAGAUUGGCGCAUGGGCCAGUCCCCAGAGCCGCGCGCUCGCCUCGCGCGAGGAGCUCACGCAGCGCGUCGAGCAGUGCGAGAAGCGCUUCGACGUCCCGGCCGCCGCGGCGAUCGCGGAUGCCAAGGUGCCGAUCGACAAAGACCUGCCGCUGCCGCCGCAUUGGGGCGGCUUCCGCGUGGUGCCCGACGAGGUCGAGUUCUGGACGGGCCGUGCGAGCCGUCUGCACGACCGCUUCCGCUACGCGCGCGAUCCCCACUCUACGGCACCGCUGAACGAUGCAAGCUCCUGGACUAUUGAGCGCCUUGCGCCGUAA